AUGACAUUUUCUAGGCAAUUUCAAGUCAUUUUCUUUCUACUAUUAAUUUGCCAUUUGAUCUUACAAUUACAUUCGGAACAUCGUAAAUCGAACACGAAUACCAAAUGUCCACAUCUGUUCAAAACAUUGCAUGACUGCACUUGCGUUCGUCCGAAUAUCAUCGAUUGUAGUUCUUCGACAACACUAACACAUCUUCCACGUUCAUGGACUUCCGCAAAUCAUAACUUAACGGCUUUUACACAAUCGAUUACACAUUUCAAUCUCUCGUUGGUCUCAUCCUUAUCAUUUAUUAAAACAAAUGAUUUUCAAGGUUUAUAUAAUCUCCGACAUGUUUUAAUAAUUAAUACUGGUCUGAUAACUAUUCAGCCACAUGCAUUCCGUCACCUUCCUCGUUUAUACGAAUUACGUCUUGAAUUCAAUCGAAAUCUAGUUGAAAUCAAAUCAUUUGCAUUAAGUGAUAUCGAACAUAUACAUCUUUUAUCAUUAAAAUCGAAUUCAAUUCAUAUUUUGCACACGGAGGCGUUUCGCAAUACCCACUUUGUCGAUAUACUAGAUCUCAGUGAUAAUCCUCUUGAAAUCAUCGAAUCGUAUGCUUUUAAUGGUUUAAAAUCAGUUGGCACGUUGAUCUUAUGUUCAUCAUCCACAUGUCCGAUAAAACAACUCGAUCCAUAUGCAUUUUUUGGAUUUCAUACAUGUGAUACAAUUCUUCUAUCCGGUCUUCAACUUUCGUUAUAUUCAAAUUCAUUUUCUUAUAUGACAUCAAUUCGUUUAGUUAAUCUAUCUCAUAGCGACAUUUCUCACAUACAUAGCAACGCGUUUCAAAACUGUGAACACAUUGGUGAAAUUGAUCUAUCAUCAUCAUUGAUAUCAACUAUCGACAUUCACGCAUUCGAUCAGUUAGAAAACGUGUCAGUCUUGAAUUUAAAAGGAAAUCUCAUACGUUCUUUCGAAAAAUCCAUCUUUCAACCGUUAAUAUUCACGAUUAAACAAAUCAAUCUCGAUAACAAUCCAAUUCAAUGCGAUUGUACAAUUGAAUGGUAUUUGGAACAACGCUCCGAUCGAUUUAAAUUACCUGACGUGUGCACAGGUCCAGUCGGCUACGAAUGUUUAAGUCCAACUGAACUGCAGAAGAGUCAACUGUCAUGUUAUCAAAAUGGUAAUCAAACAAAGAAAAGAAAUCUAUGUGAACGACGUGAAAAAGAUAUCUUUGGCAAAGAAUCAUCAGCGUAUUUGUAUGAAUUGAAUUGUAAUUUGUUUAGUUUAAUCAUAUUUAUAUUUGCAAAUAAAAUUUUAUUUCUUCUGUAA